AUGCCUAAAACAAGGGUUUUGAGUGAGUGUGAGCGAGGUCAAAUCGUAGCUCAUCAUGAAGAUGGAAUGUCUCAAAGACAAAUUGCUCAGAAGAUGAAAUGUUCUCGAUGUGCGGUGCAAACGACUCUCAAGCGCUUUAGAGAAACAAAAGAUGUAAAGACAAUACAAAGAACGGGUAGAAAAAAGGUUACAUCACCUCGUGAUGACAGAUCAAUCAUCCGUCAGUCGCUCAGAAACAAGAGAAAAACAUCGUUGGAGCUUUUUUCGGACUUCAACGAGGCAAGUACUUCACAAAUAUCAAGAACUCUUAGAAGAAAGCUUGUAGAGUACGGUCUGAAAGGUUGUAAAGCCAGCAAGAAGCCAUGGGUUUCUAAAUCGAAUAUGGAAAAACGUCUUCAGUGGGCCAAAAAACCACUCAAAUUGGACCAGUGA